UCUCUCUAUCUCUCUUCUUUCUCUCUCUCUUGUUUCCUCCAUUGCAAACAAAGCUUUCUUUCCAGCUUUAGUACAUAUCACCAACCAUUUUCACCAAACUUUUUUUUUCUCUCCGAUAAGCCAUUACUCUGUAUUUCUAUAUACGCUUCCUUGAUAUAUUAUGAUUCUUUUGAUUUUGCUCAGAUUUUUUUAUUAAAAAAUCAUAAACCUAAAUCGAUUCCCUUCUGGGUGGACUCAGAGCUAAGCUCUCAAGAGGAACUUCAUCUCGAAUUCAUCAUUGGUAUAUAUCUUUGCCAAUUGAUUUCUGUGGUUUUUGUCUAUUCCACUAUCAUUCAGGUUUGCUUCCAAAGGAGAAUAAAAAUGGAGCCUUUUUUUUUUCACCGUUGUUUCUUCUGUUCUAAGAUGAAGAUAAAUCAAAAGGGCAACCCCACACUCUAAUGUGAUUAUAGUGAAGUUGCAAGAGAAGCAAAAAGAAGGUUUUUGGCAACUAGAUACAGAACCGGAGAUGCCACCUGACAGUUCUUUAAACGCUGAAAUGUCAAAGAAGAUAUCAUUUUUUGGUUUGAAGGGCUUGAAGUUGUGGGUAUGGGUUUGCCUGGUAGUUGGAGUAUUCAUAGUUAUGAUUCUCUGCAUCUUGUCUCUAUGGAUCACAUUCCGCCGGAAAUCGAGAAGAUCUUCAAGCAAGUUCCCUUUCAACCAAAUACCACAUGUCUCCAAAGAUAUCAGAGUCGACAAGGCUGGGUUUCAGAGUCACAAUCCUCAACCUGAAAGUUUAUACAUCGCAAUGAAUGAUAAAUCCACUGACAGAAUUUCUGGAAAAACUAUGAUGUCUCACUUGGGAAGAACCAAGUCUAGUGAUAAUGAUACUCUGAGCCAAUGCAGUUCUGUGAAUCACCAUGAGAGAGCUUGUAGUUCUCAUUCCGGUGAAGAAGGAGGAUUUGGAAGUGCUGGGAAACAGUAUGGAGGACUUGUAACAGCAUCUCCUUUGGUUGGUUUACCAGAAAUAUCCCAUCUUGGUUGGGGACACUGGUUUACUCUUAGGGAUCUUGAGCUAGCCACCAACCGUUUUGCAGCAGAGAAUGUGAUCGGAGAGGGUGGUUAUGGAGUAGUUUAUAGAGGUAAACUCGUAAAUGGUACCGAGGUUGCUGUAAAGAAGCUCCUGAACAAUCUAGGGCAAGCUGAGAAGGAAUUCCGGGUAGAAGUUGAGGCUAUUGGUCAUGUACGACACAAGAAUCUUGUUAGGCUUUUAGGAUAUUGCAUAGAAGGAGUUCAUCGGAUGCUUGUUUAUGAGUAUGUGAAUAGUGGUAACUUAGAACAAUGGCUACAUGGAGCUAUGCGGCAACAUGGCAGUCUCACUUGGGAGGCACGGAUGAAGAUCAUUAUUGGUACUGCACAAGCGCUUGCAUAUUUACAUGAAGCAAUAGAACCAAAAGUGGUCCACAGAGAUAUAAAGGCAAGCAAUAUAUUGAUUGAUGAUGAGUUUAAUGCAAAACUCUCUGACUUUGGAUUAGCAAAGCUCUUGGAUUCUGGUGAGAGUCACAUCACAACCAGAGUCAUGGGAACCUUUGGAUAUGUAGCACCAGAAUAUGCUAAUACAGGUCUGUUAAACGAAAAAAGCGAUAUAUAUAGCUUCGGUGUUUUGCUUCUUGAAGCUAUAACUGGACGAGAUCCAGUUGAUUAUGGACGUCCUCCUAAUGAGGUAAAUCUUGUUGAAUGGCUAAAGAUGAUGGUUGGAACAAGAAGAGCCGAAGAAGUUGUGGAUCCAAGACUUGAACCUAGACCGAGCAAAAGUGCUCUGAAACGUGCACUUUUGGUUUCGCUUAGAUGCGUCGAUCCUGAAGCAGAGAAACGUCCUAGAAUGAGUCAUGUUGCGCGGAUGCUUGAAUCCGAUGAACACCCUUUCCGCGAGGAGAGGAGGAACAGAAGGAGCAGAACCGCGAGCAUAGAGAUUGUUGAGACCAAAGACGAAUCUGUUGGUCCUAGUGGCGCAGAGACUCGCAUUACAAAUACAAAGCUUGAGAAGGGUAGUGAAUAAGAGAAGUAGACGUGACACAAACGCCAUUUAGGCUGGCUCUGUAGCUUCUUCAACUGUUCUUGCUCAAAAGCUCUGUUUCUACUUGGCAACUAAUUGAUCGAUGAUAGCACACACACACACACAAACAAGUUUGGUGCCUGUGGAGAGAGGCGAAGAAGACAUCUCUCACACAUGAUCAAAAUGAGCCUAAGAGUGAGGACUGAUGCAAUCUUAUGAGGCAUUUUGGUUAUGUUUUCUUUUUUUUUUUUAGUUUUUUUCUUUACAAAUCAGAUGGUUUGAUAAGAUUUCCUGUCUUGUUUGUACGGAAUUUUUGUUAGUCAAAGACAUGUGCUCAAAAUGCUGUGGCGUAGGAG